UCAGCUCUUAACUCUUCAGCUGAUGCAUAUGACAAGCAUGGCAUGGAUCAGAGCAAGGAACUUAGUGGCCAGUGUACUAACCACAAGCAUGCUCACAAACAACUGUCUCACCAGGACGCAAUGGCUAUAGUUCAGUGGAUGAGAUUACACCUGGAAGAGUUGGGUAUGGUAACAUUACUAAGAGUACUUGAAGAAGAUAAAGAAGAAGAAGGGGUGUCUAAAGAUGAGAAAAAGAAAAUGGCUAAGGAUGUUAACAGGGAGAAACAAGAGACUAUU